AUGACCUUGGUAUUAAGAACUGUGGCACAAUUAGCUGGGAUUUCAUUGUCUUUGCUGGGAUGGGUUUUAUCCUGUCUUACCAACUACCUGCCACAUUGGAAAAACCUCAAUCUAGACUUAAAUGAGAUGGAGAACUGGACCAUGGGACUCUGGCAAACCUGUGUCAUCCAAGAGGAAGGUGGGAUGCAGUGCAAGGACUUUGAUUCUUUCUUGGCUUUGCCUGCCGGACUCAGGAUCUCCAGGAUUUUGAUGUUUCUGUCAAACGGGCUUGGAUUUCUGGGCCUGCUGGUCUCUGGGUUUGGUCUAGACUGCCUGAGAAUUGGAGAGAGACAGCAAGAUCUCAAGAAGCGACUGCUAAUCCUGGGAGGAGUCCUGUCCUGGACCUCAGGGAUCACAGCCCUCGUUCCAGUCUCCUGGGUCGCCCACAGCACGGUUCAGGAGUUUUGGGAUGAGACCAUCCCUGAGAUCGUCCCCAGGUGGGAGUUUGGGGAAGCCCUCUUUAUUGGCUGGUUUGCUGGAUUUUCUCUUGUGCUAGGAGGGUCUCUGCUUAACUGUGCGGCCUGCUCAGCCCAGGCCCCUCCAGCUUCGGGCCACUACACAGCGGCAGAAAUGCAAGAUCAUUGUCAACAACUAGAGAUGAAAAACACCAACUUGAAAAGCUAA